AUGACUCCAUCCAGCCCUGACAUCCUCAUCAUUGGUGCCGGCUUCAGCGGCCUCUAUGCCCUCUACACCCUCCGCACCGCCCUCCCCAAUCUCACCAUCCACAUCCUCGAAGCAGCCCCGGACAUCGGCGGCGUCUGGCACUGGAACAGAUACCCCGGCGCCCGAGUCGACUCGGAAUGGCCCUUCUACCAGCUCACAAUCCCGGCAGCCUGGCGCGACUUCUACUUCACCGAGCGAUUCCCUGAUCAUACCGAGCUGCGUCGGUACUUUGCCCAUCUCGAGGAGACGCUGCAUCUGAAGCAGGAUAUUACGUUCAACGCAAGAGUCAACUCGGCUGUUUGGGACGAGUCAACCUCUACGUGGAUUGUGCGGACUGAAUCGGGGCUCGAGGUCCAUGCUACCUAUCUGCUCUUGUGUUCGGGGUUGUUGCAUCUUCCAUAUAUUCCUUCUUUCCAAGGCCUGGAGCGCCUUUAUCCGUUUCAUCAGCGUUAUCCUCAUCUACAUCCUAGCACUAACCCAACCACCCAUCCUGACAACACUACUACCAACACCAGCAGCAGCAGCAGCAGUACCAGCCCAACUACCCAUUCCAAUGAUAGCAUAACCGCCAAUCCCAACAAACCCACCUCCCACCCCCAAAUCUUCCAUUCCUCCGCAUACCCAACCACCCUGAUCACCACCGGCAAACGCAUCGCGGUGAUCGGCGCCGGCGCCACAGGGGUCCAAAUCGUGCAAUCCCUCUCCAAGACCGCCUCCCAACUAACCCUCUUCAUGCGACGUCCUAGCCCGUGCCUCCCCAUGCGCAACCGGGCCCUCACGCAUGCCGAACAAGACAACUGGCAACCCUUCCUCCCUGCACUAUUCCACGCCUCACGACAUUCUCGAUCCGGCAUUCCCUUUUCCCCUGUUUCUGAGCCACACGGGCCUGGAGAAUCGAUAUUUGAGCUCUCCGACACGGAACGGGAAAAAUACUACGAAGAACUGUGGAAAUCUGGAUCGUUUAAUUUCGUAGCGAGGAAUUUCCCGCAGACGUAUGUGUCUGAGGAGGCGAAUAAACUGGCAUACUCAUUCUGGGCCAGGAAGACGAGAGAGCGGAUGAGGGACGGAUGGAAGAGGGAUGUUAUUGCGCCAAAAGAGCCGGUUGAUUUUUUGUUUACGAGAAGGGUGCCGUUGGAGGAGGAUUUUUAUGAGUGUGUGGAUAGGGAGAAUGUUGAUGUUGUUAGGAUCAAAGACGGAGCAGUGGGAUUGAGGUUUACGGAGAGAGGGGGGAUUGUUGUGCUGGGUGAGGAUGGAGAUGGGGAUGGGGAGGAGAGGAUGUUUGAUGCGGUGGUGUUGGCUACGGGGUUUGAUAGUUAUGUUGGAGCAAUGGCCGACAUGAACAUCCGCGGUCGCAACGGCAUCGAUCUCGCUGGGAGCUGGCAAUCAGCCCCAACCCCCCUCGCCAACGGCCCUACAAUCAUAGAAAUCCAAAUAUCCUUAAUAAUCACCCUCCUCACUCGCCUCACAUCCUCGCAACCUCAACAUCAACCUCAACCAUCACCCACUUACUCCUCCAAAGCCCAAACCAAACCAACUCCCGAAACCCUCACACACAGAAGAAGAAAAGCAACCAUCGAACCAACCCUCCCCUCCCAGACCGCCUGGCGCGAGCUCAUCCGCACCCAAGCAAAAGGGACGCUGUUGAAUAGGACAGAUUCCUGGUGGAACGGCGCGAAUAUCUCGGGGAAGAAAAAGGAGGUCGUUACCUUUCUAACGGGGGUACAGGAAUAUGAGAGGGUUUGUUUGGAGAGGAUUAAUUCUGAUUUGGAUAUCGGGGGGAGGGGGCUUGGUGGGUUUGCGGUUGAUUAUGGUUCUUGUGAGUAUCCUAGGGGUGGCGAUGGGGAUGGUGGGAUUGAGGAGGGUAUUGAGGAUGGGAAUAAAAAUGGGUAUGGGAAGGGGGUGAAUGGGGGAGUGAAAGGGAAAGAGAAGAGAUUGAGUGUUUAUGGUUUAUCUGGGAUGUUGAAGAGGUGGGGAGUAGGAAGAAGUUGA